UAAAGGGGCCGCAGGUAACGGGGGUCCCGGGCCGGGGGCUGCGGGGGGGAAAGGAGGGGCUGUGUCCCGGCUGCUGCUCUCGGCCGUGCAGUGUUCUCCCGGGACUGUCCGCACCUCCCCGCCCCCCCGGGGCUGUCCCCGUGCCCCCAGCGUACCCCCGAGCUGUCCCCAUCUCCCCCGUGGGCUGUUCCUCAUCGUCCCCUCGAGCUGUUCCCAUGACCCAUCCUGGGCUGUCCGUGUGUCCUCCGGGCUGCCCCCGCGUUCCCCUGGCCCGUCCGCCUCCCGGUGACUCUGCAACCCUUCCAGAGCGGGGCUCCGUGCGGCGGAAGCGGGUCGAGGGGCGCCGGGGCCGGGGGCUGCCGGGUCGAGGGGCGCCGGGGCCGGGGGCUGCCGGGCCGUGGGCUGCCGCGAGCGGGGGGUCCGCCGGUCCUCUCAGUUGCAGCGAUGCGGCGUGUUGGUCCGCGUGGGAUGAGUGAGCAGAUUCCCGCGCGAAUCCCCCUGGGAGGAUCCCGGGGUUCUGUGGCUGUUUUGUCCCGAAAAGUGCCGCAGCACCUCCGGUUCCAGCGGAUGGGGACCCCCAGACACCCUCACUCCGGCAGCCGUCCCUGUUCCCUCGUGUCACCCCAUCUGCCCUGGUGCACCCCCGGAGGAAUCCUGGCCCCGACCCUCACUCAGGCCGAUUAGGCGGAUUUCCGAGCCGGGAUCCUAAUCCCGCUGCCCGGUGUCCGCUUAUCCCGGCUGUGCCCGGGACCCGGCUUAGCCCCGGGGGCGGCGGCCGGAGCCGAGCAGGGCCGUGCCCCCCGCCAUGGCCAGCUGGGGCACCCAGCUGGGGCUGCUGCUCUGGAAGAACUUCACCUACCGCCGGCGGCAGCGGAUCCAGCUGGCCAUCGAGAUCCUGUGGCCCCUCUUCCUCUUCCUCAUCCUGAUCUCGGUGCGACGAUCUCACCCACCCUUCAAGCAGCAUGAGUGCCACUUCCCCAACAAGGCACUGCCUUCGGCAGGGACCCUGUCCUGGCUCCAGGGCAUCAUCUGCAACAUGAACAACCCCUGCUUCCGACACCCCACGGCGGGAGAGGCCCCCGGCGUGGUGGGCAACUUCGACGGCUCCACCCUCUCCCGCCUCCUGUCCGAAGCCCGGCAGGUCCUGCUCCGCUCUGACGGGCAGCGGCUCCUGCACAGCUUUGCCCGGCUCCUGCCUGCCCUGCGCCGGCUCCGGGAGAGCGGGAACCAGCGGGAGGCCCUGCCAGUGAGGGAAUACCUGAGAGAGGACGAGACCUUCUCACGGUUCCUGCGGACCAACACGUCUCUGGCCCCGGCGCUGGUGGAUGAGCUGAUGGGGGCUCGGCUCAGCCCCCGCAUUUUCUCCCUGGCGGGCAUUCGCCUCCCACUGAAGGCCCUGGUCUGCAAUGCCUCGGAGCUGGGGGGAUUCCUGGCGGGGGGUGACGCCGCUUCCACCCAGCGCCUGCAGCGAGGGCUCUGUGCCCUGCCUGGCCCCCAGCUCCGUGCCAUGGAGGGCUCCUUCCUCUCCCAGUUGGACUUCCCACGGCUCGUGGCGGAACAGCUGAGCUCAGACGUGGGUGGAAUUGCUGGCACCGUGGAAGCCUUGGGCACCUUCCUGCGGGAUGCAGCAUCCCUGAUGGAGCAGAUCUCCUCCAUGACCAGCCUGGCUGAGCUGCGGCGGGAGCUUGAGGAACUGAGGGCCCCCAACAGCAGCACCCCCGGUGCGGGCGCGUUCACAGCCCUGUCACGCAUCGCCUGCGGUCACCCCGAGGGCGGGGGGCUCAGGAUCCCCUCCCUCAACUGGUACGAGGACAACGACGUCAAAGCCUUCCUGGACCGCAACAGCUCGGAGUGGAGAUCAGUGGCCUCGGGCAGCAGCAGUCCCUUCUGCCGGGAGCUGCUCCUCAGCCUGGAGUCCAACCCCUUCUCACAGAUCUUCUGGAGGGGCAUCAAGCCCCUCUUCGUGGGCAAGAUCCUGUACACACCACCCGGGCCCGGCCCCGACAGCGUCAUGGCCGAGGUGAAUCGGACCUUCCGGGAGCUGGCAGUGCUGGGGGAGGUGGGGGGCGCCUGGCAGGAGCUGGGACCCCGGAUCUACACCAUCCUCAACAGCAGCCUGGAGAUGCAGGUGCUCCAGGAGCUGCUGCUGGCCCCGGGCACAGCCCGGCUCCUGGAUGGGUUCCUCAAUGGCACCUCCUGGAAGCUGCCAGAACUGGCCACGUUCCUGGCAGGGCCGGCAGCCGGGCCAGGGCUCACCUGGCACCAGGUGUACGCUGAUGUGGACACGGUCCUGAGCACCCUGUCGCAGUUCAUGGAGUGCAUCUGCCUGGACAAGAUCGAGGCGGUGGCCACCGAGGAGCAGCUGGUUGCCCGGGCCCUGGAGCUGCUGGAGGAGCAGCAGUUUUGGGCAGCCGUGGUCUUCCAGCCUCCCAUCAAUGCCACGGCCCCUGCGCUGCCCCCCCAUGUCCACUACAAGAUCCGCAUGGACAUCGACGAUGUCACGAGGACCAACAAGAUCAAGGACAGGUUUUGGGACCCAGGCCCCGCAGCUGACCCCUUCAGCGACCUGCGCUACGUCUGGGGGGGCUUUGUCUACGUGCAGGACCUGGUGGAGCAGGCGGUGGUGCGGGUGCAGACCGGGGCUGCCCCACGGACAGGGGUCUAUGUCCAGCAAAUGCCCUAUCCCUGCUACGUGGAUGAUGUGUUCCUGCGGGUCCUGAACCGCUCGCUGCCCCUCUUCAUGACGCUGGCCUGGAUCUACUCGGUGGCCAUGAUCAUCAAGGGGGUAGUGCACGAAAAGGAGACACGUCUCAAGGAGACCAUGAAGACCAUGGGGCUAAGCAGUGGGAUCCUCUGGCUCAACUGGUUCCUCAGCAGCUUCAUCCCCUUCCUCCUCAGUUCUGCCCUCCUCGUCCUCAUCCUCAAGCUGGGAAACAUCCUGCCCUACAGCGACCCGGCCGUCAUCUUCCUCUUCCUCGGCACCUUCUCGGUGGCCACCAUCAGCCAGUGCUUCCUCAUCAGCACCUUCUUCCCCCGCGCCAACCUGGCCUCGGCGUGCGGCGGCAUCAUCUACUUCUCCCUGUACCUGCCCUACGUGCUGUGCGUCGCCUGGCGCGACUACAUCACCUUCCCGCUGCGCGUGCUCGUGAGCCUGCUGUCCCCCGUGGCCUUUGGCUUCGGCUGCGAUUACUUCUCCCUCUAUGAAGAGCAGGGAGUGGGCAUCCAGUGGCACAACCUGGGUGCCAGCCCUGUGCCAGGAGACCCCUACAACUUCGCGGUGGCCAUGGGGCUGCUGCUGCUGGACGCCAGCCUGUAUGGCCUGGCCACCUGGUACAUCGAGGGCGUCUUCCCAGGUCAGUAUGGGAUCCCCAAGCCCUGGAAUUUCCCCUUCCUGAAGAGCUACUGGUUUGGAGAGUUGUCCUCAGCUGGGCACCCCCUGUGCCCCACCAGCCCCCUCACUGCACCCCAAGUGCUGGUGGAGGAGCCGCCUGCCCAGCUCCAGCCCGGCGUCUCCAUCCGCAACCUGGUGAAGGUUUAUGGCAGCAGUGGCCGCGCGGCCGUCAACGGGCUGAGCCUGGACUUCUACGAGGGGCAGAUCACGUCCUUCCUGGGCCACAAUGGCGCCGGGAAGACCACCACCAUGUCCAUCCUGACUGGCCUCCUGCCCCCCACCUCGGGCACUGCCUAUAUCCUGGGCUUGGACAUCCGCUCUGACAUCGACGCCAUCCGCAAAUCCAUGGGGAUGUGUCCCCAGCACAACGUGCUCUUUAACAUCCUGACGGUGGAGGAGCACGUCUGGUUCUACGGGCGGCUGAAGGGGCUCUCGGAGCAGCAGGUGCAGGAGGAGAUGGAGCAGCUGCUCCAGGACACGGGGCUGCCCCACAAGCGCCGGGAGCAGACCAGGAACCUCUCGGGCGGGAUGCAGCGGAAGCUCUCGGUGGCCAUCGCCUUCGUGGGCGGCUCCCGGGUGGUCGUCCUGGACGAGCCCACAGCCGGCGUCGACCCCUUCUCCCGCCGCAGCAUCUGGGAGCUGCUGCUCAAGUACCGCAAAGGCCGCACCAUCAUCCUGUCCACCCACUACAUGGACGAGGCGGAGCUGCUCGGGGACCGCACGGCCAUCAUCUCGCAGGGCCGGCUCUGCUGCUGCGGGUCCCCCCUCUUCCUCAAGGCCAGGCUGGGCACCGGGUACCACCUCACCCUGGUGAAGCGGGAGCGAAGCGGGGCAGGUGGUAGCACCGGUGCUGUCCCCGGUGUCACCAAAAAGGACGGCAGUGACUCGGAGCACAGCAGCGACACGGGCCUGGGCAGCGAGCGGGGCAGCGAGGCCAGCGCCGUGGAUGUGGCCCAGCUGUCUGCACUGAUCCAGAAGCUGGUGCCCGGCUCCCGGCUGGUGGAGGACAUUGGGCACGAGGUGCUCUUUGUCCUGCCCUACAGCGGGGCCCGGGACGGGGCCUUCGGGGAGCUGUUCCGAGAGCUGGAUGCGCGCCUGGGGGAACUGGGAGUCUCCAGCUACGGCAUCUCCGACACCACCCUGGAAGAGAUCUUCCUGAAGGUGGCUGAGGACACGGGGCUGGACACUGACACUGCAGGCACCAGGAGAGGAGCAGCUCCCGGCGAGCUGGGGGACACAGAUGUGGCCGAUGGGGAGCUGGCCAAAGGAGCCCGGCGAGCGGAGGAGCCCCGGGAGACAGACCUGCUGCGGGGGGCGGCGGGGCGGGCCUGCGGCAGGGUGAGGGGCUGGGCGCUCGUCUGCCGCCAGCUCCGCGCCCUCUUCACCAAGAGGAUGCUCCACGCUCGGCGCAGCACCCGCGGCUUCUUCGCACAGAUCGUCCUCCCCGCCGUCUUCGUCUGCAUCGCGCUGCUCUUCAGCCUCAUCGUGCCGCCCUUCGGGAAGUACCCGCCGCUGCAGCUCCAGCCCUGGAUGUACGGGCAGCAGUUCACCUUCUUCAGCAACGACGCCCCGGGGGACCCCGACACCGCCCGGCUGCUGGACGCGCUCCUGGCCGAGCCCGGCUUCGGCACCAAGUGUAUGAGGGAGGCGGGGCAGACGAGGGGGCCGUGCCCACCAGCUUCCCACCCCGAUGGCUUCUCGGCCCCCUCAGCCCCCCCGUCCCUGCUGGACGCGCUGUGGCGCCGGAACUGGACACAGGCUGAGCCGUCCCCGCCGUGCCAGUGCAGUGGCCCGGGGGCACACAGGAUGCUGCCCGAGUGUCCCGAGGGGGCCGGGGGGCUCCCUCCGCCCCAGGUGCAGAGGGGCACAGGGGACAUCCUGCAGAACCUGACGGGCAGGAACAUCUCUGACUACCUGGUGAAGACCUACCCCCAGAUCAUCCGGCAGGAGCUGAGGAACAAGAAGUGGGUGAACGAGCAGAGGUACGGUGGUUUCUCCCUGGGAGCCGGCGGCUCCCAGGCCCUGCCCUCAGCAGCAGAGGUGGAUCGGGCGGUGCUGGAGCUCCGGGCACUGCUCAACAUCACCCCGGGCAGCCCCUGGGAUCGGCUCCUGGCCAAGGUCAGCCGCUUCAUCGAGGGUUUGGACGCCCGCAGGAACAUCAAGGUCUGGUUCAACAACAAGGGCUGGCAUGCCAUGGUCUCCUUCCUCAACGUGGCCAGCAACGGGCUGCUGCGUGCCCGGCUGCCCCCCGGCACCGACCCCACGCGCUUCGGCAUCACGGCCACCAACCACCCCCUCAACCUCACCAAGGAGCAGCUCUCCGAGGCCGCCCUGAUGGCCACCUCCGUGGACGUGCUGGUCUCCAUCUGCGUGAUCUUCGCCAUGUCCUUCGUCCCGGCCAGCUUCGUCGUCUUCCUCAUCGAGGAGCGGGUCAGCAAGGCCAAGCACCUGCAGUUUGUCAGCGGGAUGAAGCCCCUCACCUACUGGCUGGGCAACUUCGCCUGGGACAUGUGCAACUACCUGGUCCCCGCGCUGCUGGUCAUCCUCAUCUUCCUCUGCUUCCAGCAGAAAUCCUACGUGUCCUCGGACAACCUGCCCUCCCUGGUGCUGCUGCUGCUGCUCUACGGCUGGUCCAUCACCCCCCUGAUGUACCCAGCCUCCUUUCUCUUCAGCAUCCCCAGCACUGCCUAUGUGGCCCUGACCUGCAUCAACCUCUUCAUUGGCAUCAAUGGCAGCGUGGCCACCUUCGUGCUGGAGCUCUUUGUGGACCAGAACCUCAAUGACAUCAACCGUGUCCUGAAGAAGGUUUUCCUCAUCUUUCCCCACUUCUGCCUGGGCCGAGGCCUCAUUGACAUGGUGAAGAACCAGGCGAUGGCCGAUGCCUUCGAGAGGUUUGGGGACAGGCGCUUCGUGUCCCCCCUCUCCUGGGACCUGGCAGGGAAGAACAUGUUCGCCAUGGCCGUCGAGGGCAUCGUCUUCUUCCUCUUCACCCUCCUGCUGCAGUACCGCUUCUUCCUGCGGCUGGGGCCACGGGCUCCGGAGCUGCCCUCGCUGGGGGACGAGGACCGGGACGUGGCCAGGGAGCGGGCGAGGGUGGGCAGCAGCCCCCCCCAGGGCCACCUCCUGCUGCUGAAGGACCUGACCAAGGUGUACCGGCGCAGGAAGGCUCCGGCCGUGGACCGGCUCUGCGUGGCCAUCCCCCCCGGGGAGUGCUUUGGCCUCCUGGGGGUGAACGGUGCUGGGAAGACGUCGACCUUCAAGAUGCUGACGGGGGACACGGAGGUGACGCUGGGGGAGGCCUGGCUGAAGGGGCACAGUGUGCUCACCGACCUCCAGUCUGUCCACCAGCACAUGGGUUACUGUCCCCAGUUCGAUGCCAUCACAGACCUGCUGACAGGGCGGGAGCACCUGGAGUUCUACAGUCGCCUGCGUGGGGUCCCAGAGGAGGAGACCCCCAGGGUGGCUCAGUGGGGCAUCACCGCGCUGGGGCUGGGGCCGCACGCGGACCGGCCCGCGGGCAAGUACAGCGGGGGCAACAAACGCAAGCUCUCCACGGCCAUCGCCCUCCUCGGCUGCCCCCCCGUCGUCUUCCUGGAUGAGCCCACGACGGGGAUGGACCCACAAGCCCGGCGGUUCCUGUGGGAGCGCAUCCUGGGCGUCAUCCGGGACGGCCGGUCCGUGGUGCUCACGUCCCACAGCAUGGAGGAGUGCGAGGCGCUCUGCACCAGGAUGGCCAUCAUGGUCAACGGCCGGUUCCGCUGCCUGGGCAGUGUCCAGCACCUCAAGAACAGGUUUGGGGACGGGUACACGGUGGUGGUGCGGGCGGGCGGCCCCGGCCCGGCGGCGGUGCAGGCCCUGCUGCAGCGGCACUUCCCCGCCAUCGUGCUGCGGGAGCGGCACGGGGGGCUGCUGCGGUACCACCUGCCCGCCCGCGCCGCCCCCCUGGCCGCCGUCUUCAGCCUCCUGGCCGCCCACCGCGGCCCCUGCCACAUCGAGGACUACUCCGUGUCCCAGACCACCCUCGACCAGGUCUUCGUGCACUUUGCCCAGGAGCAGAGCGACGGGGAUCCGGGGGAGGCCGUGGCACCAGGGCAGGAUGUGGCCCCCAGCCCUGGGAGGAGGCUGAGCACGUUCCUGGAGGACGAGAGCUACCAGGAGAGCGCUGUCUGAGAGGGGAGUGGUGCCCCAGGGACCCUCACAGACCACUCCCCAGUUGUCACCGCAGCACGACCUGGGGUCACAGGGCUUCGGGGCACCCCAGACCCCCGGAGCUGCACACGGGAGGCCUGGGCACGUGCUGCCCACUGGCAUGGUUUCACCAUCCCAUGGGACAGUGGGUGCUGGGGAGUGUCAGAGCAUCAGGACAGGGCUGGCCCCAGAUCCCUGUGGGUGGUGCCCUGUGGGGAAGUUGAUCUGGAUGGGGGGUCUGGGGCUGGCCCUGGGACCCCCACUGUCCCCGGGACCCCCGCUGCUCCCUACCGGAGCUGAGCUUGCUGUAACUGAGCAAUUCAAUAAAGACCCGCGGUACUGA